AUGUACGCGAACGAAGAGAAGCAAGCUCGUCCCGACCAGACCCUCCAGCGGUCGUCCACCCCCGUAGUGUUCAGUGCCUCCAAGAUCAGCUGCACCCAGGUGUCGAGGGACAGCGCCAGCGGUUGGGACGUCGAGGACCACCGCGGAAGCAUCUCGCCCCUGGACUACCUGGCCAGGUCUCAAGAUCCCGCUGUGGCUCAUCGCUCGCCCUCUCCUCCUCGCACCGUGGCGACAUGGUUCCAUCGCAUGAGACCCGCGAAGCUGGUUGGCUACGGCUUGGUGUUCGGCCUGGGCCUCGUGACCGUGGCAUCGGUCGCUUGCCUCGCCUUCAUGUUCAUCCGCCACGACGAGCAGGUGUACCAACUCGUGUGGACGCUGAUUGUGAAGCUGUCCGGCCGCAUCUUUGGCGGGGACCGCGGCGAGUAAGAAUUGCGGGACAACGAAACGCCUAGGUGA